CCGACCUGGUGUAGGGGGCGUCUGCCUGUGCAUGGGGCAAAACCGAACUCCUUGGCAGGGGGAAGUGUUUGUGCCAGAACUUGAUCAUUAACCUGCCUUAUUGCGAAAAGUGGGUCAGACCAGAGUUGCUGUUUUUAAAGCAAAGGUCGUUAGUGUGGAGUCAAGCUCCCAGCGAUCCCCCAUGGUGGCUGUGUGGUGGUGACUGUGGCAGUGGCUGCAGCUUGUCUCGGGGGGCGGGGGCCUGCUUUCCCUUUCUCCUGAGCCCCUUCUCUUCCCUCUGUUACCUCCGCCGUGUCUCAGACUCCAGCUUUGGGGCUGGAAUCCCCUUCCCAGACCUUCAGUCGUCAUCUUCCUCAGGCCUGGGCUGCGGUCCUCUUUGCUCCGGGUGACAGUGGGGGUGCAGACCUACUCCUGUCCCCCAGUUCCUCCCGCCUCUGUCGACUGUCCUCAGUUGGGACUUGUGGUCUUAACGCCUCAUCAUCUCCCUUCCCAGCUUCAGUGAGUGCGCCAGGGCUGACUUGGGGAUCAGGAUGGGGACAGCGUUCGGCCCUCUGACCCUGUUCCCAUCAUAGCAGAGUUACCUUGGGGUGAGGGACAGGUGCUGGGGCAGUACUGCUGAUUGCCUAGACAAGGCCAAGGUUUGGGCAGCACAGCAAAUGCUGAUCGCCCCAACCUACCAGGCUUUGUGCUGAUGUGGUUCUGAAUCCGUGUGGGCAGGCUAGAUAAGAGGAGUUUGGCUGAUUUCCCCUUUAGCAGAGACCUGAAGAGUCGAAGUGACUUGCCCAAGGUCACACAGCGAUUUAGUUGUUAAGGGAAGUGUUUAGAUUCCAGCUCAUGGCCAGCAAGCCAAGGCUGCCGUGGCCAGGCCCAGAGGAAGUUGGGACAGGCGUGUUGGUUUGGAUCACAUGCUGAGAACGAGGGGGCCGAGGAGCAUCUGUUGGAGGAUUUCUGUGAGGGAGUCAGUGAAGCCCCUUCCUAACUGUGCUGGUGGUGGGGCUCUGUCUGGGGUAAACUGAGUCAGGGAAGGGCACAGCUAUUUGGGGAAACUGGGAGCAUAUUCGUGGGCAGGACAUGGGCUCCUACGUCCCUGGGAAGCUAGUACAGGUAGCUAAGACUUACAUUACAGCCAGCCCGGAUCUGUUGAAAGGAAGGAGCCUUAAUGAAGACCCACCCCCCUGCAAGCUGGGGCCCACCUGAGCAUCAGAACGAAGGCUUCUGACCUCUGAGAUCCAGCUCUGGAAGGCUCUUCAGUCCCCUUAAGAAGGAGGUGAUCAAGGCCAUUGAGGGUGGGGGGCAAGGGUUGGUUACCUUCCUGGGAAUACAGUGGCUUUUAGGGGUUAAGAGAACAGGCAGGUUUUUCAGGUCCACAGUGGUGUGUCAGGUUCCUUCUGCCCAGGGGAGAGCUCCCUGGAGUUGAGGCCCAGAGGGGGAGGAGGAGGAGGCUGGCAGCUGGGGAAGGAGUCUAGGGGCUAAUGGGAGCUCCCCAAGAGUAUCCUAAAGCUCCUCUCUUGGAUGGGAUGUGGGGAGAGCAGCUUGAGGAACUCUGGACUGUCCUCAGGCCCUGAACACCUGCCUCUGGCCUGGGUGGGACAGGAAGGAGGCAAACAAGUGCCUGGUCUGUGGGUUCUUCGAUAGGCCGCCUGCCUGCCCCAUUGCCUUUCCCUGAAGCCCUGGGCUCCUGGGACGGGUGAUGCACCUUUUAGGACCCUACUUCCUGCUGGAGCCUCAACUGCCGAGGCCUUGGCUGGGGCGUGGCCUGGCCCUGGCACGAUCUUCUGAGUGAGAUUGUGCCUGGCUUGGGCAGCUCACAGGCCCUCUGAGGAGGCCUAAGUUUCUUUUCUAGUUCCUCCUGUCUGCUGCCUUUGGGCUCCCUGCGCCUCCAGGCCUGCUGGGGUGCACUUUACCUCUUCACUGGCAUCUGAGUUUGUGUGUAUGCAGAGUGCUGCUGGGCCCCGUUCUCCCGCUCUGCAGAAGGCCUCCUUUUCCCCUCCCCGAAAGCUCACAUCCUCAGAGGUGCGGGCGGGAGAGGAGGGAGUAGUGGCCCGAGGGUGUAGAGGCCUUGGGGGAUGCUGUGCCUGGGAUAGAUCUGCCCGCGGGUAGAGUCUUGAGGCCUGGAGAAGGAAGCAGGUGCAGCCCACCUGUGGGUGCUGCCGGGCCCCUAGGGAGGGCGUGGGUGGGCUGCGCUGCACGGGAGUGGGUCAGUAGGAGCGGGUCGGCGGGAGCGGGUUGGCAAGGGCUGGUCGGUAGCCUGCGCUCUGUGGGAGUGACUCAAAAGCCAUGGGCUUGGGCAUUUGACACACCUGUUUUUUCUUUUUUUAAAACUUAAUCCCAAAUGUGAUAGUAACACCUGGUUUUUUCUUGCUCUGGGUUGGCUGCCUCUUGCCUCUGUGACCUUGGGCAGCUGCUUCCUAGCCUUCUGGAGCCUCAGUUUCCUCAGGUGAGAUGGGCUGGCCAAGCCAAUUUAGGGAGCUGCCGUAGGUGAGAUGGGCUGGCAUGGUGGUUCAGGGAGCUGCGGUGGGCUGGGCCUAGCGUGAGUCCUGGCUCUGUGGUAACCAGAACGUAGGUGGUUGUCAACACUGCUCUGGGGUCACUGCCAGGCUGCCCUCCCCCAGCCCUGCCUCCAGAGGGUUAGGGUGUAUUUUGCGAGGGGAUAGGAGCAGAGGGGCUCUGCCUAGGCCUGGUCCUUCUCCUCUGGUCAUUGUGUGAGACACAGAACCUUCCAUGGGGGCCGUGAAGCAGCCCAGGGUCUGCCUGAUCCCUGGUCCUGGAGGGGGGAGGGGAUGGAGUGAGAGCCUGACUCCCGCCCACCCUGGGUAGGGUGGAUGCUGGGGCAGUCCUCACUGGGCCCUGGCAGCAUGUCAGAGGCCCUGGGAAGGCGCCCUGGCCAGCUGGGCUCCUCCCCUCGCUGCGCGGCCGCCGGCCUCUUGCUGCCAGCUCUGCUCUCCCCUGGGAGAGACUUGGUUCCCUCCUGGCAGGGCCGGGGCUGCUGGGAAGGGAAGAUGGAGCCUGCCAGCUUCUUGAUGGAGCCUGGAGGCCAGGGGCACGGGUGCAGUUGUCCUCUGGGAAGCUGGGGGCCCAUCCCCCUCCCUCCCAGCAGAACCAGUGACUCCCAGGAAGGGGCUGGCAGCCAGGUCACCUGCAGGGGGCAGCAGGAGCCAGAGGUCCCAGCCAGGCCCUUGGCCCAGGGACAGCGGGGUGCUCAGUGUCUGGGACUGGUGGGCAGAGGCAGCCACCUUAUGGCCUGGGCCCGGGUCUGUGCCAGCUGUUGGCGGCAGCUGGCGGAAGCGGUCCUGUUCACCCCCACUGGGGUGGGAGCUGAGGAGAGGACCCCCUUACUGGGCCCUGCCCCUGCCAGCCAGUCUCCUACGCCCUCAAUCUUGAGGGGUCCAGGUACCCCAAGUUCUGGGUUCUCUGAUCCCCCUAGCAGCUUUGCCGGCAGUGACCCCCUCUCUAGGGGGCAUAGGGAGGCGGGCCUGAGUGCUGAUAGCAGCUCCCCCUGGGGUCCUGGGGCCAUUGGGUUAUCCUGGCCCACAGCUGUCCUUCUGGCCGACCUUGAGCGGGAUGCCAGGCAGGGGGAGUGUGCCCUUCCUGGGGCUGCCACGGCAGGCCUGGCCCCGCUGAAACCCGAAGCCAGCCAGAGCUCCAGCCCCGGACCGACUGGCUGCAUUAGGGCAAGGGUAGCGGCUGAGGCUGGAACGAGGCACCCGGGCAAUGCUGGGGCUGAUGUGGAGAGCCGGCUGCCUUGCUGCCACGGCCAUCCUGAGACUCCAGAGCCGAGGGCAGGGCAGCUGCCAACUGCACCAGAGCUGCCAUCAGUCAUGCUCUUAAACGGGGACUGCCCAGAGAGCCUGAAGAAGGAGGAAGGGGCGGCCGAGCCACCCAGGGAAAAUGGGCUUGAUGAGGCCGACCCGGGAGACGAGACCACCGGCCAGGAAGUCAUUGUCAUUCAGGACACGGGCUUUUCUGUGAAGAUCCUCGCCCCUGGGAUCGAGCCCUUCUCCCUGCAGGUGUCCCCGCAGGAGAUGGUGCAGGAGAUCCACCAGGUGCUCAUGGACCGUGAGGACACGUGUCACCGCACCUGCUUCUCGCUGCACCUGGACGGCAACGUGCUGGACCACUUCUCGGAGCUGCGCAGUGUUGAGGGGCUGCAGGAGGGCUCCGUGCUGCGCGUGGUGGAAGAGCCGUACACGGUGCGUGAGGCCCGCAUCCACGUGCGCCACGUCCGAGACCUGCUCAAGAGCCUGGACCCAUCCGAUGCCUUCAACGGGGUUGACUGCAACUCCUUGUCCUUCCUGAGUGUCUUCACCGACGGCGACCUGGGAGACAGCGGGAAGCGGAAGAAGGGCUUGGAGAUGGAUCCCAUCGACUGUACACCGCCCGAGUACAUCCUGCCAGGGAGCCGGGAGCGGCCACUGUGUCCCCUGCAGCCCCAAAACCGCGACUGGAAGCCCUUGCAGUGCCUGAAAGUACUCACCAUGAGCGGCUGGAACCCGCCCCCGGGGAACCGGAAGAUGCAUGGGGACCUCAUGUACCUGUUUGUGAUCACGGCCGAGGACCGGCAAGUCAGCAUCACCGCGUCCACACGGGGCUUUUACCUGAAUCAGUCCACAGCUUAUCACUUCAACCCCAAGCCCGCCAGCCCCCGCUUCCUCAGCCAUUCCCUGGUGGAGCUGCUCAACCAGAUCAGCCCGGCCUUCAGGAAGAACUUCGCUGUGCUGCAGAAGAAAAGGGUCCAGCGCCACCCGUUCGAGAGGAUCGCCACCCCAUUCCAGGUGUACAGCUGGACAGCACCCCAGGCGGAGCAUGCCAUGGAUUGCGUGCGCGCAGAGGAUGCCUAUACCUCGAGGCUGGGCUACGAGGAGCACAUUCCUGGACAGACCCGAGAUUGGAAUGAGGAGCUGCAGACGACGAGGGAGCUGCCUCGCAAGAACCUGCCUGAGCGGCUGCUCCGAGAAAGGGCCAUAUUCAAGGUGCACAGCGACUUCACCGCGGCAGCCACCCGGGGUGCCAUGGCCGUCAUUGACGGCAAUGUGAUGGCCAUCAACCCCAGCGAGGAGACCAAGAUGCAGAUGUUCAUCUGGAACAACAUCUUCUUCAGCCUGGGCUUCGACGUCCGAGACCACUACAAGGACUUCGGGGGGGACGUGGCAGCCUACGUGGCGCCCACCAACGACCUGAACGGCGUCCGCACCUACAACGCGGUGGACGUGGAGGGGCUGUACACGCUGGGCACGGUGGUGGUGGAUUACCGCGGCUACCGCGUCACGGCCCAGUCCAUCAUCCCCGGCAUCCUGGAGCGGGACCAGGAGCAGAGCGUCAUCUACGGCUCCAUCGACUUCGGGAAGACCGUGGUGUCGCACCCGCGGUACCUGGAGCUGCUGGAGCGCACGAGUCGGCCCCUCAAGAUCCUGCGGCACCGGGUGCUCAACGACCGGGACGAGGAGGUGGAGCUCUGCUCCUCGGUCGAGUGCAAGGGCAUCAUUGGCAACGACGGGCGCCACUAUAUCCUCGACCUGCUGCGCACCUUCCCCCCAGACCUCAACUUCCUGCCGGUGCCUGGCGAGGAGCUGCCUGAGGAAUGCGCCCGCGCCGGCUUCCCGCGCGCGCACCGACACAAGCUCUGCUGCCUGCGCCAGGAGCUGGUGGACGCCUUCGUGGAGCACAGGUACCUCCUCUUUAUGAAGCUGGCUGCCCUGCAGCUGAUGCAGCAGAAAGCCAGCCAGCUGGAGACCCCCUCCUCCCUGGAAAAUGGUGGUCCUUCCUCCUUGGAGUCCAAGUCUGAGGACCCUCCAGGACCGGAGGCGGGAAGUGAGGAGGAGGGGAGCAGUGCCAGCGGCCUGGCCAAGGUGAAGGAGCUGGCAGAGACCAUCGCUGCAGACGACGGCACAGCAGACCCUCGGAGCCGGGAGGUGAUCCGCAACGCGUGCAAGGCGGUCGGCUCCAUCAGCAGCACCGCCUUCGACAUUCGCUUCAAUCCUGACAUCUUCUCACCAGGGGUUCGCUUCCCUGAGUCCUGCCAGGAUGAAGUUCGGGACCAGAAGCAGCUGCUGAAGGACGCGGCGGCCUUCCUGCUCUCGUGCCAGAUCCCUGGCUUGGUGAAGGACUGCGUGGAGCACGCGGUGUUGCCCAUGGACGGGGCAACGCUGGCUGAGGUGAUGCGCCAGCGUGGCAUCAACAUGCGUUACCUGGGCAAGGUGCUGGAGCUGGUGCUGCGGAGCCCGGCCCGCCACCAGCUGGACCACGUCUACAAAAUCGGCAUUGGAGAACUCAUCACCCGCUCGGCCAAGCACAUCUUCAAGACGUACUUACAGGGAGUCGAGCUCUCCGGCCUCUCAGCCGCCAUCAGCCACUUCCUGAACUGCUUCCUGAGCUCCUACCCUAACCCCGUGGCCCACCUGCCCGCCGACGAGCUGGUCUCCAAGAAGCGGAAUAAGAGGAGGAAAAACCGGCCCCCCGGGGCUGCAGAUAACACAGCCUGGGCUGUCGUGACCCCCCAGGAGCUCUGGAAGGACAUCUGCCAGGAGGCCAAGAACUACUUUGACUUCCACCUCGAGUGUGAGACUGUGGACCAGGCUGUGGAGACCUACGGCCUGCAGAAGAUAACACUCCUGCGGGAGAUCUCGCUGAAAACAGGGAUCCAGGUCCUGCUGAAGGAGUACAGCUUCGACAGUCGCCACAAGCCCGCGUUCACCGAGGAGGACGUGCUCAACAUCUUCCCCGUGGUCAAGCACGUCAACCCCAAGGCCUCGGAUGCCUUCCAUUUCUUCCAGAGCGGCCAGGCCAAAGUGCAGCAGGGCUUCCUGAAGGAGGGCUGUGAGCUCAUCAACGAGGCCCUGAACCUGUUUAACAACGUCUACGGAGCCAUGCACGUGGAGACCUGCGCCUGCCUGCGCCUCCUCGCCCGCCUCCAUUACAUCAUGGGCGACUACGCAGAGGCCCUGAGUAACCAGCAGAAGGCAGUGCUGAUGAGCGAGCGGGUGAUGGGCAUCGAGCACCCCAACACCAUCCAGGAAUAUAUGCACCUGGCCCUGUACUGCUUCGCCAGCAGCCAGCUGUCCACGGCCCUGAGCCUGCUGUACCGCGCGCGCUACCUCAUGCUGCUGGUGUUCGGGGAAGACCACCCCGAGAUGGCGCUGCUGGACAACAACAUCGGGCUGGUGCUGCACGGGGUGAUGGAGUACGACCUGUCGCUGCGCUUCCUGGAGAACGCGCUGGCCGUCAGCACCAAGUACCACGGGCCCAAGGCCCUCAAGGUGGCCCUCAGCCACCACCUUGUCGCCCGCGUCUACGAGAGCAAAGCUGAGUUCCGGUCGGCCCUGCAGCACGAGAAGGAGGGUUACACCAUCUACAAGACGCAGCUGGGCGAGGACCAUGAGAAGACCAAGGAGAGCUCCGAGUACCUCAAGUGCCUGACCCAGCAGGCCGUGGCCUUGCAGCGCACCAUGAAUGAGAUCUACCGCAACGGCUCCAGCGCCAACAUCCCGCCGCUCAAGUUCACAGCCCCCAGCAUGGCCAGCGUCUUGGAGCAGCUGAACGUCAUUAACGGCAUCCUCUUCAUUCCUCUCAGCCAAAAAGACCUGGAGAAUCUGAAAGCCGAGGUGGCGCGGCGGCACCAGCUCCAGGAGGCCAGCAGAAACAAGGAUAGGGCCGAGGAGCCCAUGGCCACCGAGCCCGCGCCAGCGGGGGCCCCAGAGGACCUGGGCUCCCAGCCCCCGGCUGCCAAGGACCCUUCUCCCAGCGUGCAGGGAUAGAGAGGGAGACAGACGGACAGUCAGCCAGCGGCCCCGUCACCAGGGAGCCAGACUCCAGGAGAAGGGGGCGUGCCUGCGGGCGGAAGAGGAAGCAAGGCCCUCUUCUUCCACGUUUCACCCCACCCCACCCCCGUAUCUUCCUGGGACCCUGGCCUGCCUGCCCCGCAAAUGGUGUUUUUGCACUGGUUCAAUGAAUAUAUGAUGCAGAGGCCCCAUUGAAGACACGUGAAUGGCGCGUGCAGCCAUCCGUUCCCGGCCGGGGGGCAGGUGUUCCUCAGGCCCCCACCCUCCAGCAGGUGUGUGCGCGUGCGUCCGUGGCUGUGAGUGUUGGCCGUUCCUCUCCCCUGUACAUAGCCCGAGCCAGUCCUGCGUGGGUGGUGCACAGGUGGGAUUUCUCAGGUCGUUUGUAUGGUCGACAUGAUGGCUGCUGCUUUUGCUGCCACUACCCCUAGGCCCAACCUCUCUGAAAGUUCAGGUUUAAAGCCAAAAAGCAUGGUGGGGAGGGGCCUUUCCUGUGUCCUGGGAUGGGGAGCCAGAGCUCUGUGGCAGGGCUGGAGGGUUUGGGGUGCACUUUAGUUUGGGGCAGGACAGGAGCCGCAGGGCUGUUUCAGUUGUGAUGGGCCUGGUCUGGCUGCUGCUCCCAAAUGAAGGGGUCGGGGUUGGCUGUGCUGGGCCCUCAGAGCCUGUGUGCCCGGCCCUGGCUUGUCUGCCCUCAAGCCCAGUGGGUGGCGCUGCCGUAGGCUCUGACUUGGCUCCCUGCUCCCUGCACCCAGCUGGGCAUACCCUCGGGGUCUGCAGUCUGAAUGUAUCCCUCUCCUCGUUCGAACCUGAGCUGCCUAACGCACAGUGGGCGGGGGGCGGGGCUGGGGGAAGUUACAGGUGCCGAUGUGAUGUCGCUUCUCUGGAGCCCAGCUCCCUUCCUGGUCUGAGACUAGCUCUGGGGGUGGUGGGGGCCCCCACAGGCCUCGCUCUUCCUGCUCCCCCCUUCCUGUGCUGCUGCUCUGUGCCUGCUGUCAGAGCCCUGGUUGGGGAGGAUGUGACCACCCUGAGACCUGGAGGAGACGGGCGUCCGCCUGGGUUUACGGAGAGCUGCUUUUGGGUGCGGUCUGUGCAGACACCUUGUUUCAAAGGGGAUGGGCGUGAGCUAGCAAGCAAAGUAUCCCCACCGCUGAGCAAGAACUUUUUCUUGUUUUUAAACCAUCACGUCCUCAUUUCACAUUGGAAUAAAGUGAGUUUUUGAAACCUGCG